AUGCGGACCCCCGCAGUGGCUGCAUGCGUCCAAGCUUUCCGCGCAAAAUCUCCGGCCAUGGCCGUAGCCAAGACAUCUCGUGCAUUGUACGAGUGGGGAUUGAUCCUCAACUCUCACACGCUGCAGAUCGAUGUGCAGUCGCCCCGCCGAUCAUCCUCUGUGAACGAGAGUGAAGCUCCUCAUCGGGACAUUGACCAGCAGGUGCUGGGUGCCCUAGAAGUUGUGGAGAAGGUAGCCAGUAAAUCUGGCAACCUAAAGGGCACCUCAGUGCGAGCUCUGAAGGACGCUAAGUCGGCCAUCAAAGCUGCUUGGGAUGUCUUAGUCGAGCGGACAUCCACGGAUGUAACCAGGCAACUACAGGCGGACAACGCCCGCAUCUUGGCGGACAACGCCCGCCUGCAGACUCAACUGACCAGCCUCCACAGCGAGCUCGUCAAUGUCAAGGUGGAGAUGGAGCUACUGCGAAAGCUACAGGGUGCUCCUGCGUCAGCUCCAGUUACGACUGGGGAGUCGCCCGCUGCAUCGCGGUCUUCUCGCGGCCAGAAGCGGCCAGAGUCGGCCGUCCCAGCCACGAGCAAGGAGGACGAACUAGCGCGAACCAUCAUGGUCCAAGUAGGGACGAUGGUCAAUGCGCGCUUCGAUGCUCUAGAAGGCAGACUUCUCCCGGAGAAGAGAUUGCGUCCGCCACUGUCGGUCGACAGCAAGCGUUCGCAAGCUUCUCCGGUGGCUAAGGCAACCCCGCAAGCGCCUACGCCUCGUGCCCCUCGACCGAUUCCCCCCGCGCCUUCCACAAUGGAGGUACCGUGGAACGUCGUUGCCAGAAAGGGCACCAAGAAGACCACACCCACUCAGACAAAGAGUGGCCCGGUUAAGCUGCGUCCUCCUCGGACGGCGGCUGUCGUGUUGACGCUCCAACCGGGUGCGGAAGAAAAGGGGGCCUCUUACGCUGGAGUGCUGGCGGAGGCUAGGUCUAAAAUCAAACUGGACGAGCUGGGCAUCAGUGCAGUCCGGUUUCGACGAGCUAUGACUGGCGCCCGCAUCCUUGAGCUGUCUGGAACCACCAGCAAUGACAAGGCGGACUCCCUCGCACAGAAGUUGAGGGAGACAUUGAGCGAGGAUGUGGUCCGGAUAAAUCGGCCCGUGAAGACUGCGGAGAUGCGCAUUUCUGGCUUGGACGACUCAGUCACCGCUGAGGACUUGGUGGCGGCGGUGGCUCGAGCUGGCCAAUGUGGUGCCGAUCAGGUUAAGACCGGCGAAAUUCGCCGGAAUAAAACCGGUCUCGGCUCGGCCUGGCUGCGUUGCCCAGUGGCUGCCGCAAAAAAGGUGUCGGAGGGUGGUCGGCUGCUAGUCGGCUGGGUGGCGGCCCAAGUUAAGCUGCUAGAGACCCGGCCGAUGCGCUGCUACCGAUGCCUAGAACCUGGACACGUCAGGGCGUCAUGUGUUUCAGAGGUGGACAGAAGUGGUCUCUGUUACCGCUGCGGACAGCCCGGCCACAUAGGCCAACAGUGCUCAGCCGCGCCCCAUUGCACUAUAUGCGAGGCUAGCGGCAAACCUGCGGACCAUCGGAUGGGGGCAUGUGUUACUCCAUCCAAACGCAGGAAUGGAAGAAAGAAGGCUAGCGAUGGCCCCAGGGUCUCCUCGCUGCCUGUCCGCCCACCAGCGAAUGCUGGAGCUAGGGCAGAGGGGGAACCGACAAUGGCUGUUGAUUAA